AUGGAGGCGCCAUCACGAUACAGGGAACCUGCGGGUCUCCCCAGCAUCCUUAUAGAUUCUUCUAACCCCAGAUCCUCCGACCGAUCGGAUCCAUUUAGCUUGUACUCCUCGUCAGUUGCCGUAUCAAUUCCCGGGUCUACAGACAGAGUCAACGCGCCUCCUCCACUACCGCCUCCACGAAUGCCAUUUGAGCAAGACAGCCAUAUGCAUCCACAGGAACCCAGACACUAUCACCGUGAACCGUCCUCCUACAGCCCUCGAGAACACAGUGGCUAUGAAAGUCUGAGCAGCUUCGACGACCGCCCAAACUACAAGAGAGCUGGGUACAGACACGAACGAGAUGAAGGAUACGCGAGCAUGGGCUCGGCCUCGUCCAGAUCUCUAAUCAAACCCUAUUCCAGAUCCGAAUGCUCCCUGCCUAGUAUUUCAGCAGGGUUUGGGCUACACCACAACAAGUUCCAGUUCCAAUCUGGCGCCGAUGCCUUCACCGACAUGAAGAAGAAGCUUGACCCGCUCAAGACUUUUGACAAUAGACCGAGCGUGUCUCUGCUAAGCGCCUCUAGUGCCUCUGCUACUGAUCCAUUCUCGAGGAGACUGUCCGGGGAACAGCGGGGGCCUCAGCUUUCACUUCCUACGACAAAUCUGCCGUACCACCUGAAGACGAAUGUGUUGGAUUCUCCCGAUAGAUAUACCCAAACCCCACACUCUGCUGUGUCGCCUUCUCCCAGAAGCCAGCCUUACCAUUUAAGCCAAGAUUACCGCUCGCCCCGCUCAGACCUUGACAGGUCGCCGCCGCAGAGAUCGAGGAGGAACAACAGCGACGAUGCAUCAUCACACAGCUACGAAGUUGAAGACAUGGAGAUGGAGGAGACCAACUCGAUGAAGAGACUGCGCAUUGAGGACCCCUUGCGAGCCCAUUACGAUGGUGCAGGGACAAAGCGUCGCGCAUCUGCUGACCCCGACGACAAUGUUCCAAUGGCUUUCACGAGCCAGAGCGAUUUGAUGCGUCGACGGGAUGGCAAUUCAAGGGGGUCUCCUACGCCCCGUCUCAGCGCCAUCCCACAGGGCUCUGUUUCAUCAGUAUCUUCAAGCGGGCGUGCUGGCUCGUAUAGCUCGAACCUUUCUCUGCUCACUGGCAGCAUCGCUAGCUUGGGUACAUCGUAUGGACGCAUAUCCCCUGGUGGUUUGUCACCCGGUGGUAUCUCCCCCAAUGGUACCGAUCCUAGCUGCAGCUCGCCCUACAGUGCGUCGAUGUCGUUAAAUCAUUCCCCUCGGGGAUCCCUUUCCCGUGCACCACACCAACGGAACAUCAGCGACAGUCGGCCACUCGCCUCUCCCCGUAAACUCGCUGAGGUCAGCAAGCCUGGCAGCACCAAGAUUUCAGGCUUCUUUAUGUGUGAUUGCUGUCCCAAAAAGCCAAAGAAGUUCGAGACAGCUGAAGAACUAGCCGCACAUGAGGCAGAGAAGCAGUAUGAAUGUUCAUUCUGUGGUAACCGAUUCAAGAACAAGAAUGAGGCGGAGCGUCAUCAGAACAGUCUCCACGUCCGCAGACAUAGCUGGAGCUGCUCGGCUCUGCAUAGUUACGACCGCGCCUUCCACGACAGCACCAACCGCCCAGGUGAGGCUGAUUCGUGUGGUUACUGUGGCGAAGAGUUUCCCCGAAGCGGCAGAGGCCCUGGAGCUACCGCGCCCCGCCACGCUACGGAUCAGGACUGGGAAGAGCGCAUCCGCCAUCUCCAAGAGGUUCACAAGUUCAGAGAAUGCAACGCCAGCAAGAAGUUUUACCGUGCAGACCAUUUCCGGCAACAUCUCAAGCACAGUCAUGCUGGAACCAGCGGCAAAUGGACCAACAUGCUGGAGAAUGCUUGCAUGCUGGACGAGGACCCUACACCUAGGUAG